ACUACGGGGAGUCGAAUGGGACACUUCCAUGUAGCUGUCGGACGGGAGCGUUAGCGGAGCAUCUCUCCCUGAACAUGGCGGCUCAUCUUAAAAGACGAGUUUACGAGGAGUUUUCCAAAACUCAGGUUGUACAGAUCCCCCAUGAAGAAGCCCCGGCCAAGAAGUUGCGUCUGUCCAAACCCAGUAAGUCUGCGGCUCUGCACGUCGACCUCUGCAAGGCCACCAACUCCACGGACGCCCUGCAGUACCUGCUGCACUUCGCCCGCAAGCCCGUGGAGGCGGAGAGCGUGGAGGGCGUGAUCCGGAUCCUGUUGGAGCACUACUAUAAGGAGACGGAUAUCUCGGUGAGGCUGAAGAUCGCCUCUCUGCUGGGUCUGCUGUCCAAAACACAGGGUUUUGGCCCCGACUGCAUCGUUGACGACGCCAUUAACGCUCUCGGCAACGAAAAGUCCCAUCAGGUCCUUGCUCAGCUGCUGGACACUCUGCUGGUCAUCGGCACACAACUACCUGAGAGUCCUACAAUCCGACAGAGGCUCAUAGAGGUGGCCUGCAAGCACCUGUCCGAUACUUAUUUCGGCGUGAGGAACAAGUGUCUGCAGCUGCUGGGAUGUCUCGGCCUGGUGGACGCUCCUCUGAACAAAGACGGCGAGGGACCGGGCCCGUUGACAGGAGUAGUGAGGGACGUCCAGAGUAUCAUCAGCGACUACUUUGGAGACCAGGACCCCCGAGUCCGCACUGCAGCCAUCAAAGCCAUGCUUCAGCUGCACGAGAGAGGAAUGAAAAUUCAUCAGAUCAUUUAUGAGCAGGCCUGCAGGCUGCUGUCGGACGACUACGAGCAGGUCCGCUCUGCGGCGGUUCAGAUGGUUUGGGUGCUCAGCCAGUUGUACCCAGAGAGCAUCGUGCCCAUCCCGUCGUCCAACGAGGAGAUCCGACUGGUUGACGACGCGUUCGGGAAGAUCAGUCACAUGGUCAGCGACGGCUCCUGGAUGGUUCGGGUGCAGGCCGCCAAGACGCUGGGUUCGAUGCUGCAGGUCAGUCCUCACUUCCUGGAGCAAACUUUGGACAAGAAGCUGAUGUCAGAUCUCAGAAGGAAGCGAACGGCGCACGAACGGGCCAAGGAGCUCUUUGCUUCCGGCGAGUUCUCCUCCGGCAGGAAGUGGGCCGAUGACGCGCCCAAGGAGAAACUGGACAGCAACACCGUCUACCUCAUCGCCUCCGGGGCCUGCGGCGCCUUCGUCCACGGCCUGGAGGACGAGAUGUUUGAGGUCCGUAUCGCGGCGGUGGAGGCGUUGUGCCAGCUGGCUCGGUCUUCCGCCAGCUUCGCCGAGAAGUGUCUCGACUUCCUGGUGGACAUGUUCAACGACGAGAUCGAGGAAGUACGGCUGCAGUCCAUCCACGUGCUGAGGGAGAUCUCCACCCACAUCACUCUCCGAGAGGACCAGCUGGACACCGUGCUGGCAGUGCUGGAGGACAAGUCUCGUGACAUCAGGGAAGCUCUCCACGAGUUACUGUGUUUCACCAACGUCUCCACCAAAGAGUGUAUCCAGCUGGCUCUGCUGGAGCUGCUGAAGAACCUCAACAAGUAUCCCACCGACCGCAACUCCGUCUGGAAGUGUCUGAAGUUCGUUGGUUCUCGCCACCCGACUCUGGUGUUGCCGCUGGUUUCUGAACUGCUCAGCACCCACCCAUACUUCGACACGCCGGAGCCCGACAUGGACGAUCCGGCCUACAUCGCGGUGCUGGUGCUGGUGUUCAACGCUGCCAAGUCGUGCCCCACCAUGCCGGCGCUGUUCUCCGACCACACCUUCAGACACUACGCCUACCUGAGGGACAGCUUGUCACACCUGGUGCCGCCGCUCAGGUUGCCGGGCAGGAAGCAGGUCUGCGGUCUGGACCCGGUGGACUCAGGCAGCGGUUCGGGCUCUGUGGAAUCGGCUCAGCUCUUCCUUCAGCAGAGUCUGAACAGGGUCAGCACCAUCCAGAACCUGGAGGCACCAGGAGCUCAGGACCUGCUGGACUUCACCAUACGAGACCUGCUGCGUCUGGGUGAACUGCAGACGGAACUCGCCGGAGCUGCUGAUUUCUGUGCCACAUACCUGCGCUGCCAACUGCUACUCAUGAAGGCUCUGCAGGAGAAGCUGUGGAACAUGGCCGUCCCUCUCUGCCUCAAACAAAACGUCACGGCCACAGCAGCAGCCCAACAGAUCUUAGAGGAAACCUACAAGCUGGAGUUCCUGUACAGCGGUCUGGACAGCAGACAGGUGGCCACCAUACAUCACGUCCGCCUGCAGGCCAAAGCUCUGCAGCUCGUCCUGACGGCUCGCACCAGGCAGGGGUUGGAUCCUCUCCUCAGCAGCUGUGAGAAGUUUCUGCAGGAUGUCGAUUCUUUUCAGAGGCUGUUCCUGACGGAGCUGCCCCACCUCCAGGACAGUUUUGUGGACAAACUCCUGGAGCUGAUGCCCCGACUGUCGUCCAGUAAACCUGCGGAGCUGGUGAAGAUCCUGCAGACCACCCUGAGGCAGAGCGGCCUGCUGCAGCUCAAACUGCCCCAACAGAUCCACCGGGCCACCGCCACCAUCAUCGAGCCGACGGGGGAGUCCGACAAUCCGCUGAGGUUCACGUCGGGCCUGGUGGUGGCGCUGGACAUCGACGCCACACUGGAGCACGUCCAGGAUCCGCAGAGCAGCGUGAAAGUACAGGUUCUGUAUCCAGAUGGCCAGAGUCACGUGAUCCAUCCUAAACCUGGAGACUUCAGAAAGCCCGGACCUGACAGACACAGACUCAUCACGCAGGUCUACCUCUCACACACGGCGUGGACAGAGCCGUCUCAGAUUGAGGUGCGCCUCCUGCUGGCCUACAGCUCCUCCUCCUCUUCUUCGGCUGCCAAGGAGGGCUGGAGCGACAGCGUCGACGGCGUCCCGCCACCCGAGGCCGCCGUCGAGGGAACCAUUCAGUUCAGCAAGCCGGUCAAAGUCUUCAUCAUGCCCAAACCUGCCCGACGCUGACGAAACCCACAAUGGAAGAGAAACACGGACGAGACUCGAGACAUUGUUUCUAGUGAGGACAAACCAAUGAAGAUUAGUUUUCUAAUUUUAUUUUUGCUGUAGCAAACAAGCAGACGAACGUUCACCUCAUCGAAAAUGAUCUGUACACUCAUCAGCAGUGAUCUGGUCGAAUGUACAUGAAUUUCAUUACUCAGUUUGAUGUCAAGUAAACUUUGGAACUAUUUACUGACAAACUGAAUUUCUCCAUGUUGCGGCGACGGUUAGUCGACAGGUUUUAUCUCUUCAUCUAGAACCGAAUAUACAAAGAUGAGUUCACAGAUUUCUAAACAUAAAGAUUUCUAUUAAUUCUCUCUAAAAAGUGGCCAGUGAUCUUCUGCAGCGCAGCGCUGACAAACGCUGAGAGCUUGACGGCGUAGCCACCUUUUCAUUUAGCGAAACCCAAGCCUGUGGUGUCACGGUUCACUACAGGCUUCCUCCCCCGUCGUCUGUAGGUGCAGCCAGACAAGGGGACACCUUCAACAGGUGGAGUGGAAGACCCCGCCCACCUUGGCGCCCUGGCCGGCAAGUUUGUUGUACUCGGCCACGGCCUUCUCCGUCUGCAGGACUCUGACGUCGACGCCGUUCUGCUUCACAAAGUCCAGAGUGGCGGAGGGAACCUGAGAGAAGAGACGACGAUGGACAGACAUGAGAACAGGACAGAAGAAGACAGACUUUCUUUCAUCUGCUCACGGAAAUUUCACGAAAUAACGUGAAAGUGUUUUUUUUCGUGAAAGUGUGGCGUUAGUGAUACUGAUCGGAGCAAUUCGCUAUCAUAGUCAUUAAACUGCUGCGUUGAUAUUACAUUUGAUAUUAAAUCUUUUCUUCCUUUGUGUCCUGUCCUAAUAAAGUUAAUUCUCAUCAGAAUGAAUUCUCAAAACGA